ACUUACGUAGCCAAAAAAUAAUUAAAAGAAAAAAAAAUCUAAAUUCAUAUGUAUUUGAGAAAUGAAAGCCCAGUAGUAUAGUUUCUGUUUCGAUAACACAAACACACAGUGAAGAAGAAACCCUAGAUUAGAUACCCAUUUUGUUAUUAGCUUCACCAAAAUCAAACCAUACAAAUUUUAGUCCCAAUUCAAAAGACCCAACCUUUGUUUUUUUUUUUGGUCAUCUCGACCAUUCUUGUUGUCUUUUGUCUUUUUAAUUUUUCUUUUACAUAUUUUAGUAUUUUCUUUCUGUUUUUCGUUAUUUCAGGAUUGAGAAGAAGAAAAAACAGGAAAAUUUGGGGUGUCUGUUGUCUCUGAAGAAUCAUGAUAUAAAUGAGCGUUUCCUGUUGUGUUCUGGGUUUUUUGUUCUGUUGAUGGUAAUUGUAUUUAUCUGCUUUCUCUUCUAAUGGUGGCUUUUCUCUUAUGAAAUUAGGGUUUCAUUUCUCUUAUCUAUAUUCUGGUUCUUUAUCUGUUGCUGGCCUGCCUCGCGAACAUUAUUGAUUGAACUUUGUGUUUUCAAUCUUAAAAUGUCAUCACCUCGAUCAUCGCCGUAUCAGAUUCUUGACAAUCGACCGAUUGAUCAGUGGAAGGUUACAGAGUUAAAAGAAGAGCUUAAGAAGAGAAAAUUGAUAACUAGAGGUUUGAAGGAGGAUUUGGUAAAACGCUUGGACGAAGCAGUGCGUACUGAGAGGAUAAGUGCUCAGAAUGACAAUGAUGAUAAUGAUAUUCAAUCCAGUCCAGAACCAGCAGUUGUAGUGAAAAGUGGGAAGGAAAAGGCUGUUUUUUCUGAAAACGUAGGCACUGUGGAUGGUAGUGGGAAGAAGACCAGUAAGGUGGAUAAGCUUCCUGUUGAGGAUGACAUUAAUAACAGUGUACCAGACUUGGGCCAAGGUAAUAUUGAGGAAGGAUAUGUUGUAGUUGGUGAGGAUUCCUCUGCGGUGGAGGAGACUGUGGUUAGUUAUGAAACUACUGUAGAAACUACAGUUACGGUUACUGAGAGUGUGGUAUCUGAUGUAACAUUAAGUGAGCAAGAUUCUGAGAUUCAGAAAGAGAAGGGGAGUUUUAAGUUUCAGCUGGAGAAUGAGGAUUCAAAGUUCCAGCUGGAGAAUGUGGAUUCAAAAUCUCAGCUGGAGAAUGUGGAUUCAAAGUCCCAGCUGGAGAUUGAGGAUGCAAAGGCCGAGCUGGAUAGUGAGCUUUUAAAGCCCCAGGUAGAGAAUGAUGACUCAAAGCCCCAGUUAGAUAGUGCUGGCUCCAAGGCCAAGGUAGAGAGUAAAGACUCAAAGACCCAGCUGGAAAUCAACAAUACAAUGUCACAGCUGGAGAAUGAGUGUUCCAAGCCUACAUCCGAGGAAUUCAAGCUCGACGUUUCUGCUCCAGAAAACCAGGUAUCUGAGGUCAGACCUAAUUUUGGGUCUCAAGUAAAAUAUGAUUCUAUUUCUACUGAUUCUGUGUCUAUUAAUGAAAAGAUUGAACUUAAGGAUAACAUAAUUGCUGAUAAUGUCAAAUUAGAAUUAGAUGUUAUUAAGCCGGAGAUGGUGGCACCAUCAUCCAGCACUAAUGUUCAGGGCGGUGGUGACUCACAUCUUAUGGAUGUUGAAGAGCCACAUGAGAGCAACACUUCUGUCGAAGAGAAGGAUGACAAUAAUGGUACUAAUGCAGAUUUGGGGAAGAAAAAUGAUAAUCUAGAUGUGGGGUACUCUGAAAAGUUAAAUUUAGACAGAAGUUCUGGAGAUGAUUCUAUGGAAGAAGAUGUGCUGGAGAGUAAACAAAUUGAUUCCAAGUAUAGUUCGGAUGAUGUGGGAGAUAAGAGUGAAAAAACUGAAGUUUCUGAUAUGAAGGAGGAAGGUCAUGUGGAUAUUGUGGGUGAUGAUUUUUCUGCAGACGGAAAGGACGUUCAUGUUGAGAGUGAAGAGCGUCCAUCUGCACAUGCUGAGAAAAGAAAGAUUAAUGAUGAAUCAGUUGUUGGAAACAAUGAGCCUGUGAAAAGGCAGCGGCGGUGGAAUACUGAUAGCUUAACAAUUCCGGAGCCUCAAAGCUCUAAUAUUACUACCACUACACCCAAGGAUGCGUUCCAAUCCUCUGCUUUGAAGCGCCUUGCUAGAGCAGAUUCAAUCACUAGUGAGGAUUCACCUAUGGAACGUGUUGUCCCACCAUCACCAAAAUCUCCAACCACUUCUCUAAGGAUUGAUCGGUUUCUGCGGCCCUUCACCUUGAAAGCAGUGCAAGAGCUUUUGGGAAAAACUGGCAAUGUAACCAGUUUCUGGAUGGAUCACAUUAAGACCCAUUGCUAUGUUACCUAUUCAUCAGUGGAAGAAGCCAUUGAAACACGCAAUGCUGUAUAUAACCUGCAGUGGCCUCCAAAUGGUGGGCGGCUUCUCCUUGCUGAAUUUGUCGACCCUCAGGAAGUAAAAACUCGGUUGGAGACUCCACCAACUCCUGUAGCUUCUGCUAAUGCAGCUCAUGUUGCAUCUCCCAAGGCAACUCCUGUUCCUUCUAUCCCAUUGGCCGCGCAGCCCCAGCAGUCCCCUCGGCAAACUAGGCAGCAGCCGCAGCUUGCACCCCCGCCUUCCCUCCCUCCACCACCACCCUUGUCUAAUCCUCCCCAAGCAAGAGAAAGGCUUCCUCUUCCACCGCCACCACCACUGCCAGAAAAGCUUGACCCUCCAAUUGUCACAUUAGAUGACCUCUUUCGAAAAACCAAGGCCACUCCUCGAAUCUACUACUUACCUUUGUCGGAAGAACAAGUAGCCACAAAACUUGCAGCUCAAGGGAAACGUGUGAUGCAGUAGUUACUGUAGACUAUGUUACCGAUCUCUCAGAUCUGCACCGGGGAUGCUCUUGCAGGUUGGCUGGUUGGUGUUUGGUAGAUUGUAGUAAGGAAGUAUAAUGAAGUUGCAUUUUUGCAGGUCUACAGAUGUUGUUAUAGCUGUUGUAAAGGACUUAAAGGAGUGUCCUUCCAUGGUGGAUUUGUGGUAUUGUGGAACUGCUUUGAUUGGAGCUUAAGUUGAAUUUAGUGUUAGAACCUGUCGAGAGCUGUUUUUUGUGACACAUUUGGUAUACCUGGUUUUCCUUUUCGAACCAGAGUUUGUUUUUUCUUUUUUACUUUGGUUAAAAAUUGUUAGUUUAAUUUGAAUUUGAAGAUUAAUAUACAUUAGCUCUCUCAAACGUAGGAUCUGCAACUUUAAGGCACAUGCCUUCUGCUAUCUGAUGAUAUGUGCUAUAACAUUUUAUA